UUUUUUUUUUCUCUCUCUGCGCUGUAGAGCAAAGACUAUUCUUCUUUCUCAUUUUCUUUUGCGAAAUUGUUCCAAUUAUUCAUAUUGAUUUUGAUUAUGAUUGUAAAUAAUUAUAUUCUAUUUGGUAAAUUGUCGCCACCCAUUAUGACUCUUCCUCAUUUCUUGUAAAACCCGUCGUCCUCUUCUUCUUCUUAUCUUCUUCCUUCUGUUUAUAAACGAUGCCUUUUGACUUUGUACCAUUCUCCUAUCUGUAGCAUAAAACACGUAUCUUUGCCCUCCUCCAAAGCAGAACAUACGCUUACAUCACAAUACAUACUGCGCUCUCUCUCUCUCGUUUUGCUCUAGCUAUUUCUUUGUUUAUGUUUAUAUGUACAUACAUGUUACAUACCGUCUCUUUCAAUAUUGGUUUGUUACAUGCAGCCAGGUGCUGACAGUUUCUUUCUGAUAUAGGAGAGUUCGCAAGAGAGGUUCUUUUCUUAAUCUUUUAGAGGUUUUUUGUAUUGUUCUAGUUUCGGGGUUUUCUUUCUUUUUGGAUUCUGGGUUACUGGCCUUCUUCUUGUAUGUUGUGAUUUUAUUUGUGAUUUUGUAUUGAAUUUUUUAUCUGGACACUUUAAAAAUUGGAUUUUGGUUAGCUCUAUGUUGUUAGAGAACCAUUUGAUCUUAAGAUCAGCAUGGCCUCAAAGAGGCCGCUGUUGAUCCCAUCACCACGAACUUCUAGUAAUCCCCAAGAUUAUACUAGUUUACCUGUUUUAGCUGAUCUGUCCAAACCCACUAUUGAUAAUCCUAAAUUGGUUUCCAGGAUGGAUUCCAAAAACACAAUUGAGAGUUCCUCGAGCAUUGAAAUUUCUUUGAAUUCCAUGUCGAGAAGAAGUGCUUCUUCUAAUCACUCGAGAGCUUCUGGUGGAAAUUCAGUUAGGGAAGUGACAUUUGGUGAUUUAGGAUCCAAACCUGUGAGAUAUGGUUCCAGAGGAGCUGAUUCAGAAGGGUUUAGUGCAUCCCUGAAGGAGAUCAAUGAUGAAGAUGCCAGGUUGGUUUAUUUAAAUGAUCCUGAAAAGACAAACGAGAGGUUUGAGUUUUCUGGUAAUUCUAUUCAGACUGGGAAAUAUUCACUCCUUUCCUUUGUGCCUAGGAAUUUGUUUGAGCAAUUUCAUAGAGUUGCAUACGUUUACUUUCUUGUCAUUGCUGUGCUCAAUCAGCUACCCCAGCUUGCAGUUUUCGGUCGGGGUGCUUCCAUUUUGCCGCUUGCCUUUGUUCUUUUAGUUACAGCAGUUAAGGAUGCGUAUGAGGAUUGGAGGAGGCAUAGGUCAGAUAGAAUUGAGAAUAAUAGAUUGGCAUGGGUUUUGGUUAAUGAUCAGUUUCAGCAAAAAAAAUGGAAGGAUGUUCGGGUCGGUGAGAUAAUCAAGAUUCAUGCAACUGAAAGUCUUCCUUGUGAUAUGGUUCUGCUCUCAACUAGUGACCCAACUGGGGUUGCUUAUGUGCAGACUAUAAACUUAGAUGGAGAGUCAAACUUGAAAACGCGAUAUGCAAAGCAAGAGACCAUUUCAAAGAUUCCUGAGAAGGAAAAGAUUGGUGGGUUGAUUAAGUGUGAGAAACCCAACAGAAAUAUUUAUGGGUUUCAUGCGAACAUGGAUAUGGACGGGAAAAGGCUGUCACUCGGUCCCUCCAAUAUUAUCCUUCGUGGCUGUGAGCUCAAGAAUACUGCUUGGGCAAUAGGUAUUGCAGUUUAUUGUGGCCGUGAGACCAAAGUUAUGCUUAAUAGCUCAGGAGCCCCUUCAAAGAGGAGCCGACUGGAGACACGCAUGAAUUUAGAGAUCAUCAUCCUAUCUUUGUUUCUUAUUGCUUUGUGUAGUAUUGUCUCUGUAUGUGCUGCUGUGUGGUUGAGGCGCCACAAGGAUGAGUUAAAUACCAUGCCUUUUUAUAGGAAAAAGGACUUCAAUGAUGAAGAUCAGGAUGAUUAUAAUUAUUAUGGAUGGGGACUGGAGAUACUUUUCACAUUCCUCAUGUCAGUGAUUGUGUUCCAGAUUAUGAUCCCUAUAUCUUUGUACAUUUCUAUGGAGCUUGUCCGGGUUGGUCAGGCUUACUUCAUGAUUCGAGAUAAACAAAUGUAUGAUGAGGCCUCAAAUUCAAGAUUCCAGUGUCGUGCUUUGAAUAUUAAUGAAGAUCUGGGGCAAAUCAAGUAUGUGUUCUCAGAUAAAACUGGUACUCUUACUGAGAACAAAAUGGAGUUUCAGUGUGCAAGCAUAUGGGGAGUAGAUUACAGUGGUGGAAAAGCCAGUUCACAAGAUGUGAAUGUUCGAUACUCUGGUAAAGUGGAUGGAAAAACUUUGAGGCCAAAGAUGAAGGUGAAGGUUGACCCUCAGCUUCUACAUUUAUCAAGAAGUGGAAAGGUUACAGAGGAAGCCAAACGUGUUCAUGAUUUCUUCCUUGCGCUGGCAGCAUGUAAUACUAUUGUGCCUAUUGUUUUUGAUGAUGCAUCGGAUCCUACUACUAAGUUAAUGGAUUACCAAGGGGAAUCUCCAGAUGAACAAGCAUUGGUUUAUGCUGCUGCUGCUUAUGGAUUUAUGCUUAUAGAAAGAACUUCAGGUCAUAUAGUUAUUGAUAUUCAAGGAGAAAGGCAAAGGUUCGAUGUAUUAGGUUUGCAUGAGUUUGAUAGUGACCGGAAGAGGAUGUCAGUUAUAUUAGGGUGCCCUGACAAGACUGUCAAAGUCUUUGUAAAAGGUGCCGAUACAUCCAUGUUUAGUGUGAUGGAUAGAUCCUUAAACAUGAAUGUAAUACGUGCUACUGAAGCUAAUCUUCACACUUACUCUUCAAUGGGUUUGAGAACUCUUGUUAUUGGGACACGUGAAUUGAGUGAUUCAGAAUUUGAGCAGUGGCACUGUUCCUUUGAGGCAGCUAGCACAGCUUUAAUUGGUCGGGCUGCAAUGCUUCGAAAGGUUGCUAGCAGUGUGGAAAACCGUCUUAGCAUACUGGGUGCUUCUGCCAUUGAAGAUAAGCUGCAACAAGGUGUCCCAGAAGCCAUAGAGUCUCUUAGGACAGCGGGGAUUAGAGUAUGGGUUUUAACUGGGGACAAGCAAGAAACUGCGAUAUCAAUUGGUUACUCUUCCAAACUCUUGACAAAUAAAAUGACCCAGAUUAUAAUCAAUAGCAACUCUAAGGAGUCAUGUAGAAAAAGUUUAGAAGAUGCUUUGGUCGUGUCCAAGAAGCUUACUACUGUGUCUGGGGCAGCACAAAAUGUUGGGGGAAGUUCUGCAGCUGCUAUAGGCCAAGUCGCAUUGAUUAUUGAUGGUACCAGCCUUGUUUAUGUGCUUGACAGCGAACUUGAGGAACAGCUAUUCGAAUUAGCCAGUAAAUGUUCAGUAGUACUAUGCUGCCGGGUGGCACCAUUGCAAAAGGCUGGAAUCGUUGCCCUUGUGAAGAACAGGACUGCUGACAUGACACUCGCUAUUGGAGAUGGUGCUAAUGAUGUUUCGAUGAUCCAAAUGGCUGAUGUGGGAGUUGGGAUCAGCGGGAAAGAGGGUCGGCAAGCUGUAAUGGCAUCAGAUUUUGCAAUGGGGCAGUUUAGAUUCUUAGUUCCACUUUUAUUGGUCCAUGGACAUUGGAAUUACCAGCGGAUGUCCUACAUGAUACUAUAUAAUUUUUACAGGAAUGCUGUAUUUGUUCUUGUUUUAUUUUGUUACACGCUCUUUACAAGUUUCACUUUGACAACUGCAAUCAAUGAGUGGAGCAGCGUGCUGUAUUCUGUCAUUUAUACUGCACUGCCAACCAUUGUUGUUGGUAUCCUUGACAAGGACCUAAGUAGAAGCACUCUUCUAAAGUAUCCUCAGCUUUAUGGAGCUGGGCAAAGACAUGAGAGCUACAACUCUAAGUUGUUCUGGGUAACAAUGAUUGAUACCUUAUGGCAAAGUGCAGUUGUCUAUUUUGUCCCUUUCUUUGCAUAUUGGGCCAGUACAAUUGAUGCACCGAGUAUAGGAGAUCUAUGGACACUUGCAGUAGUCAUUUUGGUUAAUUUGCACUUGGCUAUGGACAUCAUCCGGUGGACUUGGAUUACGCAUGCAGCCAUUUGGGGGUGCAUAGUUGCAACUUUCAUAUGUGUCAUUGUCAUCGACUCUGUGCCUACUUUAGUUGGAUACUGGGCCUUCUUUGAAAUUGCAAAGACAGCACCAUUUUGGUUAUGCUUGCUAGCUAUAGUUGUAGCAGCACUCCUACCUCGAUUUGUCGUAAAAGUGCUUCAUCAAUAUUUCAGUCCUUGUGAUAUUCAGAUUACAAGAGAAGCAGAAAAGGUUGGGAAUAGAAGAGAGUUUGGAGCUGUAGAAAUAGAAAUGAACCCAAUCUUGGACCCUCCAAGAAGAUGACAUGGUAAUUUUGUGACUUCUUAUACUUUUUUUUUUCUUUUUUUUUUUUUUUUGUAAAAAUAUAAUAUUCUUUCAGGCUUCUCAAUGUAUGGCUGCCUGGUUUUUGUUGUUUGCUAUCCAAAGGAUAGUGCUUGUAACAUUUAGGUUUGGUAUUUUUUUGUGAAUUUGUUGAGUGUAAAUUAUCAGGGUUUAGUGGAAGAAAAAUAACACUUAGUGCACGAAGAUAAAAAUAUUAUACGAAAUUUUACAGUCUGAAGAUUUGAUAUGAA